GGCAUUUCAAUUUCAAUUCCCAUUUCGAUUUCCAUUACCAAUACACCAAAUCCUUUCUCUCCCUCAUUUUCUCCACAAAUAUAUAUAAAUUCAUUCAUUCAUCUCACACACGCAGUCGCUCGCUCCCACACACACCUCCAAAUCUCAUCGUCUCCGUUUUCCAUCUUCAUCCACUAAAAACCCUCACCGAAACACAAUUCUCGAUCGCCGUCGCCUCUUCAUCUCCGCCGCCAGUUUCAUUCACCAUUUCGAUCUACUUCCUCUUCACACUUUCGAUUAAUAUUCGUUUAUUAUUUUGCGCUUAUUUACUUUCGUCUAUCCGAUUCUUAUCAAUUUCGCAGAGUCCGUUACGAAUUGACAUGAACGCUGUUACAAUCGCAUAGUAUGAAAAUGCCAGGAAUAGCGCACAUGAUUGAACAAUUCACUAAUGCCUCAUCUACGCCGUCGAAUUCACUUUCCGUUAAUGAAUUUUGGUCUAACAAUUGUGGCGACGUUAGCUACAAUCAGCUUCAGAAGUUCUGGAGUGAAUUGUCACUGCAAGCUCGGCAAGAACUCUUGAGGAUUGACAAGCAAUCCCUUUUUGAGCAAGCUCGUAAAAAUAUGUACUGCUCUAGGUGCAAUGGAUUGCUUCUUGAAGGAUUUUUGCAAAUUGUUAUGUAUGGGAAAUCUUUGCAGCAAGAAGGGGCGGGUGCUCAAUUUCCUUGCAACACACUUGGAGGUUUGAAAAAGCAAAAUAAUGGUGGAUCAAGCAUUUUAAAAGGGUGCCAAGAUGAAACUCAAGAUCCUUCUGUCCAUCCUUGGGGAGGUCUGACCACAACGCGUGAUGGUUCAUUAACACUUAUGAACUGCUACGUGUAUUCAAAGUCUCUAAAAGGACUGCAAAUUGUCUUUGAUGGGGCACGUUCUAGGGAGCGGGAAAGAGAACUGCUUUAUCCCGAUGCCUGUGGUGGGGCAGGCCGUGGUUGGAUUAGCCAAGGAAUAGUGAGUUAUGGCAGAGGCCAUGGAACAAGAGAAACAUGUGCCUUGCACACUGCCAGACUUUCAUGUGAUACACUGGUAGAUUUUUGGUCAGCGCUGGGAGAGGAGACUCGAUUUUCUCUUCUAAGGAUGAAGGAAGAAGAUUUUAUUGAGAGACUUAUGUACAGGUUUGAUAGCAAGAGAUUUUGCAGAGAUUGCAGAAGAAAUGUUAUUCGAGAAUUCAAGGAACUCAAGGAACUGAAACGCAUGCGCAGAGAACCUCGUUGCAGCAGCUGGUUUUGUGUUGCUGACUCAGCCUUUCAGUAUGAGGUAUCGGAUGACUCAAUUAAAGCUGAUUGGCGUCAGACAUUUCCGGAUACUUUGGGAACCUACCAUCACUUUGAGUGGGCUGUGGGUACAAGUGAAGGAAAAUCUGACAUUUUGGAUUUUAAAAGUGUUGGAUUGAAUGGAUGUGCCAAAGCCAGCAGCCUGGAUCUUGGUGGUUUGAGUGCAUGUUUCAUCACUCUCCGAGCUUGGAGAUUAGAUGGACGUUGUACUGAACUUUGUGUUAAGGCUCACUCGUUGAAAGGUCAGCAGUGUGUACAUUGCAGAUUAAUUGUAGGAGAUGGUUAUGUCACAAUUACAAAAGGGGAAAGUAUCCGAAGAUUCUUUGAGCAUGCUGAAGAGGCAGAGGAGGAGGAGGACGACGAUUCAAUGGACAAGGACGGAAACGAGAUUGAUGGAGAUUGCUCUCGUCCCCAAAAGCAUGCAAAAAGCCCUGAACUUGCACGGGAAUUUCUGCUAGAUGCUGCUACUGUUAUAUUUAAGGAGCAGGUUGAAAAGGCUUUUAGAGAAGGAACAGCACGCCAAAAUGCACACAGCAUAUUUGUUUGUCUUGCACUAAAACUGCUGGAGGAACGAGUGCAUGUAGCAUGCAAAGAAAUCAUUACAUUAGAAAAGCAGAUGAAACUUCUUGAAGAAGAAGAAAAGGAAAAGCGUGAAGAAGAAGAGCGCAAAGAGAGGAGAAGGGCAAAGGAAAGGGAGAAAAAACUUCGGAGGAAGGAAAGACUAAAAGGAAAGGAUAAAGACAAAGAAAAAAUAUGUUCUGAAUCAAAUGAUAUUCUUGGUUCUUCAGAAAUCUCAAUAGAAGAAUUGUCUGCAGCUGCUGAUAUGGAGCAAAAUAAUCUUAUUAGUUGCAGGAGUUCAGUUGUUGAAACAGAUGAAGUUAAUCUUCUGAGGGACGAUUCUCCUAACAUCCAAGAUGCAGAGUUCUCUAGUGAGUAUGAUACUUUGAGAACACAACACCUCUCUGAUGAUGAUUGUGAAGAAGAAAAUUCCAAUACAAAAGACGAGACAGGUCAGCAGUCUUCGGUUGAACAAUCAACAACUUCUAAUCAGAGACUGAGAUGCAGGAAGGAAUUUCAAUUGGAUGAUAUGCCUAUGAAGUGGUCUGACAGACGCCGAUAUGCCGUUGUUUCAGACAAUGGUGCGGUGGUUGGCAGAACUGAGUCAAGACAUCAUGGAGAGAGUUUUUUUACAUCAUCUAGGGCUGUUAUUGGAUUGAAUAGGCAAUCAAGAAUAGGUGUUCCAACAAAACCCAAUGGUCGAAAUGUCAGUCCGAAGUAUGGCGAAAAGUUUUACAGUCCCAAGAACCGGAUGAAUGACAGAUGUGAUAUUCAUUCUUGCAGCUGUAGUCCAACUAAUGAAUAUAAGGUAAAGGUUGAGCAACAUUCUCCUAUGACAAGAGUUGGUCGGGAGACAAAACCUGCCUGUCAUUCUGAAUCUGCUAAACAGUUUUAUCGUGGUAAUAAGUAUAAUCAAGUAGACUAUAUGCAUGAGAACAAUGGAAGAACCAAAAGCAAAAACAUUUUAGGGAACUAUCCCAGUAGGGAUUUGUUUCAAUCAAAAAAGGUUUGGGAGCCUACGGAAUCUCAGAAGAAAUAUCACCACAGUAAUUCCGACUCUGAUGUUAUUUUGAGGUCCACUAAAGUUCAAGAAGCUCAGCCUCAUCCGAUCAAGUCAUCUAUAGGGGAAAUUGUUGAUUCAGGUGAAAAUGAUUUUGAGGAUGAAGGCUGUCAAAAUGACUUUCAUGUUAAAGCUGAUGGUUCUUGUAGUUCUACAGAAAUUGCUUAUGAGGAACCUGGAAUAUGCCCAACUGAAGGCUCUUCCUUGAAUAACUCUUCUGAUCCUACUCAAUGUAGCACUUUUAGUUCUGACAACUGCUCGUCAUGUCUAAGUGAGGGUGAUAAUAAUACAACCUCAUCAAACCAUGAUAAUCAAGAAUCCUCAACCACAUCAGAUUCUGAAGAUGUUAGCCAACAAUCUGAAGUUAGAGAUAAUUCAGCUUGCGUGGAAAAAGCACUAUCUGAUUGUCCAGAAGUUCCCAUGGAAAAUAACCAGAAUGCAAAUGGUGAGACUUUCGUCAGAAGUUCAAGUUCACUGAUCAGUCGAUCCUUGGAUGGAACAAGAAGCAGUGCAUCAGGGAAUUUUGCUGAAAUUGCCCAAAAUUUUGAUAAUGGUUUUUCGACCACUAAUGUGUGUUCUCAACCUCAAAGCAUGCUUCCUGCAGUGUCAAACCAAAAUAUUCAAUUUCCAGCGUUUCAUGCUCCUUCAACAAUAGGUUAUUUCCAUCAAAGUCCAGUUUCAUGGCCAGCAGCUCCCACAAAUGGGUUGAUGCCCUUCCCACACCCAAAUCAUUACUUGUAUGCUGGCCCCCUUGGAUAUGGCUUAAAUGAGGAUCCACACUUUUGCUUGCAGUAUGGUGCCUUGCAGCAACCAGCACCCUUGUUUAACCCUGCCGUUCCAGUUUAUCAGCCAGUUGCCAGAGCUAAUGUCUUAAAUGUAGAGGAAUGGACACGAGUUUCCAAGCCAGCUUCCUUGCAAGAGCAUAUUAAUGGAUCUAUUGCUGAAAGGGCUGUUUCAUCUGGAACUAAUUACAAAAAACCAGAGUUCAGUGGAGAAGUUAAACAUGAUCGUUCUGCCAAGUCACAAGAGAAUAACAGUGACUUUUCCUUGUUUCAUUUUGGAGGGCCUGUAGCCCUCUCAACAGGUUGUAAAUCGUCUCUUGCAUUUUCAAAUGGCAAUGCUGCUGAUGAUUUUAGCUUGAAAAGUUCAGCGGAUCAUGCCGAAAAGGUCCAUACUUGCAAUAAGAAAGAGACCACCACCAUGGAGGAAUACAAUUUGUUUGCCGCAAGUAAUAAUUUAAGGUUUUCAAUUUUCUAAAAUGAUAAAGUGAGAAGUAUAAGGUGGCUGUUGCGGAAUCCAGUCCCUAUCUUCAUAUAUGAUAAUGGAGGUUUGAAUACUUUGUAAUUCGGUAAACAAUAAGCUUGCUCUAGCAAUUCUCAUUUUAGCCAAUAGCUUGAUUAGUUAAUUGUUGCCCAAUUUGAGUCGAAUUUUUUUCUUCAUUGUAGCGAAAGAUUGAGAGUGUUGGUAUUUUAAAGGGUUUUUUCUUUACUAUUUUGUGUGAAGAUAUAAUCAAACCCAAAGUUUUAUUGAAACAUUUGUUUACUUUGCAGUU